AUGCCUUCGAAACCAGAAAGUCGAAAGACACAGCUAGGCAGCGAGGACCUAGUCCCUUUUGAUCAUGCUGCUGCGGGACACGAGGGCGUUCGCUGUACGCCCUCCGGCGCCUUGAUCGCGAAACCAUGCACGCGACAGGAGGUAGAAUUCUACGAAUCUAGCGCGCUCCACCCCGCAUUCCAGGAGUUUAUGCCACUCUACGUCGGAUCGCUCUCAUCCUCCGAGCAACAGCAACCGCUCGCGAUCGCUGCCGCCCGAGAAUCUGGCGCCCUUCCACUCCCCGAAUCUGGCGACGUAACCGAUUCCUCCCUCCCUAGCCAACCUCCAUCCCACACAGCCUCCACCCCCGAAGACGGCGCCCCUGCCAAGGAGGAAGCAGCAUGGGUACCCUCCGGAGGCAAGAAAAUUGAUACUGGCUUGUCGAUCGUGCUGGAGAACAUCGCCUGUGGGUUCCGUCGGCCGAACGUGCUGGACGUUAAGCUCGGCGCGCGUUUAUGGGCCGACGAUUCCCCGCUCGAGAAGCGGAAGAAGCUUGAUGAUGUCUCUAAGGAAACUACCAGCUCUAGCCUUGGAUAUCGCAUUGCGGGCAUGAAAGUCUGGACUGGCCACGAUGGGGAGACCGAUGAGGGCGAACGGACAGAUCCGUACGCUACGAAAUACGAGGGCGCAGAGGGUGAGAAGGGCGAGGUUAUCGAGAAGGAUGGCUACCGGCGGUUUGACAAGUGGUACGGCCGCUCUUUCAAUGAGGAUACUGUCAAGCAAGGGUUUGAAACUUUCCUUGCUGGCGCAAAGGCGGGCAAGAUAGACCGAUCAAAGAUGGUCGCCCAGCGCUUGGCGGAAGAAUUGAAAAAUCUCCAGCGGGUCCUCGAAUCUGAAGAGAGUCGGAUGUACUCUGCGAGUGUGCUGGUGGUCUACGAAGGAGAUAUCGAAGCGAUGGAGCAUGCGAUUGAAGAGGAGCAGAAAGCCCCAGCACCCCGUUCUUGGGAUGAAGAAGAAGAAGAGGAUGAGGAAUUUGAACUUCCUCAAGAAGCCUUGGAGAUGGUCAAUGUCCAGCUUGGUGAUGGAAUGCCCCAACAGGCUAUCAAUAUCAACAUUGAUCCCGCAACCAUGCAGAUGCCCGAAGAGGACGAUGACGAGGAGGAGGAAAUUCCCAAAGUCCAUGCCCUCCGCGUGAUUGAUUUCGCACAUGCCACUUGGACCCCUGGACAGGGCCCGGAUGAGAAUCUUCUCAGGGGUGUGCGCAGCCUUGUCAAGGUCUUUGAGGAGCUGGCAGAGUGA